AUGUCGUCGUCAAAUUCCGCUUCGAGGAAAACGGACCUUAACAGCCAGAGCUGGUAUGCUGCUGAGGACUUGCCAGAGGUUUACGUCCCUACCGAUAUCAAGGCUUUACGUAAGGGACGUUCCGAGUGCAAUGUCACCAAACCGCAAAUGUUCGCGGACUUUUUUGCCCAAUUCCAGGUUGAAGACGCCAACGGUGGCACAGGUCUCGAAGUCGUACUGAGAAAGUGGUUGGAGACUUCUGUCAGCUUCUCGGGAUACGACGCCAUCAGACAGAACGUCAUUGCGUUGAUGAGCAUAUACAUAUACCGGCUUCACGACGAGCGACUCUGGAACAUCCAGACCAAAGGAGAUCUCAUCGUCCAGAACAGCUCCCGAAUCAAGACCCGCGCUCAGUCCAAGAAAGAGCCGGAUCAAUUCUCGAUCACACCAGUCUCAUGA